CAAAGGGUCCACUUUUUUUUUCCUUCUCACGAAACUGUCCAUUCACAUUUCCUUCUCACCAUGGCUGAAAUCGAACAGAAGGUCGAGGAUUUGUCCUUGAAUGCGUCUGCUGCCGCUACUAGUGACAAACCCCAGGGCAAGCCCAAGGAAAAGAAGGCUAAAAAGCCUGCUGCUGAAGGCUCUUAUCCUCUUGAGGUCACUCCUGCUCCUGAAUAUAUUGCUCACCGUAUUGCUAUGUUCGAUGAGCUCAAGAAGAAGGCUGACGAAGAGGAUGCUGCUCAACCCCGUGUUCCAAUCACCAUUACCAUGCCUGAUGGCUCCACUCGCGAAGGGACUGCUUGGGAGACUUCGCCCAUGGAUAUUGCUAAGCAGAUCGCCAAGUCUCUUGCUGAGCGCGUUGUCAUUGCAAAGGUUGACAAGGUUCUCUGGGAUUUGGAGAGACCCCUUGUUGCAUCUUGCCAACUUGAGCUUUUGGACUUUGAGAACGAGGAAGGCAAGGCUGUUUUCUGGCACUCGUCUGCUCAUGUAAUGGGAGAGGCUUGCGAGAAGCAUUAUGGAUGCCACCUUUGCAUUGGACCACCAAUUGAGGACGGUUUCUACUAUGAGAUGGCCAUGACCACUGACCGUGUUGUCUCUAACAACGAUUAUGCAAACUUGGAAACUCUUGCCAAGAACAUCAUCAAGGAGAAGCAGAACUUUGUCCGCUUGGAGAUGAAGAAGGAGCAACUUUUGGAGAUGUUCAAACACAACCCUUACAAGGUCCAUUUGAUCAAAUCUAAGAUCCCUGAUGACACCUCAACUACUGUCUACCGCUGCGGUCCCUUGAUCGAUCUGUGCCGUGGACCUCACGUCCCUCAUACCGGCAGAAUUAAGGCCUUUGCUGUCAUGAAGAACUCUGCCUCAUACUUCUUGGGAGAUGCCAAGAAUGAUUCUUUGCAGCGCAUCUACGGAGUUUCUUUCCCUGAUACCAAGCAAAUGACCGAGCACAAGAAGUUUUUGGAGGAGGCAGCUAAGCGUGAUCAUCGUAAGAUUGGAAAGGAGCAGGAACUGUUCUUCUUCCAUGAUCUUUCUCCUGGCUCAUGCUUCUUCUUACCUCACGGUACUCGUAUCUACAAUGCACUGAUGGAUUUCAUCAAGUCUGAAUAUCAUAAGCGUGGAUACACAGAAGUGAUGUCACCUAACAUGUAUAAUGUCAAGCUGUGGCAUACUUCUGGACACUGGCAGAACUACCAGGAAAACAUGUUUUCAUUUAACGUGGAGAAAGAGACGUUUGCGCUCAAACCCAUGAAUUGCCCUGGACACUGCUUGAUGUUCGGUAUUCGUGAACGCUCCUACCGUGAGUUGCCUCUGCGUUUCGCUGAUUUUGGUGUUCUCCACCGUAACGAGGCUUCAGGGGCCUUGACUGGCUUAACGCGUGUCCGUCGUUUCCAACAGGAUGAUGCCCACUUGUUUUGCCGUCUAGAUCAACUCGGAGAGGAGAUGGAUGCCACGUUGGACUUCCUACAACAUGUGUACGGCAUCUUUGGAUUUGAGUUCUCAUUGGCUCUCUCGACUCGUCCUGAGAAAUUCUUGGGUGCUAUCUCUGACUGGGAUACUGCUGAAAAGCAUUUGACGGAUGCUCUCAAUCGCUUCGGUCGCCCAUGGACUAUUAACCCACAGGAUGGAGCCUUUUAUGGGCCGAAGAUUGAUAUUUUGAUCCGUGACAGCUUGCGUCGCAGCCACCAAUGCGCCACCAUUCAGUUGGACUUCCAAUUACCAGAGCGCUUCGGACUUGAGUACCGUAACAGUGGAGGAGAGGCUUCAGACUUUUCACGACCCCUGAUUAUCCACCGUGCAAUGUUGGGAUCUCUUGAGCGUAUGAUUGCCAUCUUGACCGAGAACUGCGCUGGUCGCUGGGACUUUUGGCUCUCUCCUCGUCAAGUCCAGGUGAUUCCGGUUGCAGCGGCCUUGACUCCUUAUGCUGAGAAGGUUCGUCAGCAGUUGCACGAUGCAGGUUUCUUUGCAGAUGUAGAUACAUCGGAUUCAACCUUGAACAAGAAGAUCCGUAAUGCAGAGAUAGCACAGUACAACUUUAUCUUUGUGGUUGGAGCAGAGGAAGAGGCCUCCAACUCUGUUAAUGUCCGCUCACGUGAUGAUGUGGAUAGUAAGGCUAAGGGACAGGUUCGUCCUUUGGAUGAGGUUAUUCCUAAGCUUAAGCAUUUGAAGGAGAAUAAGCUGAAAGGUUCACGCAUUUAAAAAGAAAAGAGCCAAUCAGAAGGCAAUAAACGAAUAUGAUGAAUUCGAACGAGAAGAUGUUAGAUAGUGCGUCUAGAUCAUAACAAUAAACUGAAGUGUAAAGACGACUAAGGACGUCUUAAGUUUAUUAUCCAG